CGCCACUCUCUUCUUCUCUUAACACUUAGAGAAACGAAACCCUUAAACCUUCAAAUCUCCAAAUCUAUCGCCGUCGCCAAUUCCGGCGGAAUCUCUCGCCGUCGCCAAUUCCGGCGGAAUCUCUCGCCGUCGCCGCUCUCUGAAACACCGCCGGAUCUAAUCUCAGAAGAGCUGAUCCAAUUGAAGGACCUGAUAAUCCCGGUCGAAUGAGGGCAAUGGGGAGAAAUAUGACUAAGACGAAAUUAGCUUGUUUCGAAGUUAAUCACAAGUGUAUUGUUGAAAUGGAAAAGAAACAAAUUCAUCUCCAGGACAAGGUUAAUGAGCUAGAAAAUAAACUUGGUAAACUGCAGAACCAGGGACAAGAAACUGAAGUUGGUGAAAACUCUAGAUCUGCUGCAGGGAGUGUUAACAAAAAAGCACAACCAAAGUGUAUUUUGAUUGACUGGGCUGGUGAUGAUGCGAAUGUUGCUGAGGGACGUAUUAUAUCUACUGAUCCAGAGGAUGUUGUGAAUGGGACACGUUUAGGUCCUUUAGAUUAUAAAGUUUUGGUUGAGACUGCCACGGUACCAGAAGCAUUCCUUUGGAGAAAUGCUAUGGGAAUGUCAACAAUUGAAGAAUCUGUUGGGCAUAUGAUUGCAUGGCCUGCCACGAAGUGUGUUAGUCUAGAACAGGGGGUUCAGGAAGAAGACAUGGCACCACUAGGCACAAGAGCCAAUUCUUUGAACAAAUGCAAACUACUUGAUCUGUCUAACGAUGAUGUAGUUGUUGCUGAAGGCCGUUGGACCACGCAAGAUCGUAAAGCUUUGGUGAAUGGACUUUCACUCGGACCAAAGGCUGUAAAAGUGUUUGUUGAUGUGGUACAUGAAGCCAAUACAUUCAUAUGGAGGCCUACAAUGGAUGUUACAUACAUAGAAGACUGUUUAAUGUCCUUUGUAGCAUGGCCUUUCAACAAAGUUGUCUUCGAAAACAACCCAGAUGGAACAGGCCGGUUAUCUCCUAUUCAGAAUUAUGCAUCUACUCAAACAGCUCAUGGAAAAUCAGCAUCAUCAAGUCAAAAAUCCACAGCAACAGGUUCUAAAUCGCAACCAGCUCAUGGAAGAUCAGCAUCAGCAAGUAAAAAAUCCGCAGCAACAGGUUCUAAGUCGCAUAUGCAACCAAUCUCAGCAUCAUGUGAGAAGUCUCCAACAACAGUUCCAAAAUCUAAUGCAGUGGAAACUCAAACAGCUGCACCGUCCCGGCCUCUUCGAAGAUCUCCGCGGAAAAAAGGAGCUAUACAGGAAAAUCAGAAGUGUAUGUUACUGGAUAUUAAAGAAAGGAAGCAAGUUGUUGCUGAAGGACGGGUGAUUUCAACUGAUCCAGAGAGACGUGUACAUUGUGCUCCUUUGGGUCUUAAUGCUGCGCAAGUUUUGGUAGAUAUAGUCCAGGUAGAUGAUGCAGCGGUUUGGAGGACAUCAUAUGAGAUUGAGUAUAUGAAAGAUGCACUUGGUUCAUUUAUCGCAUGGCCAACUGAUAACUUGGUCAUGUAUUGACUAUCGUCCAACUGAGGGGAUGAAGCAACUUUGGUCCAGCUAGCUUAAUUUAGAUUAAGACUAGUCUUUAUGUAUUUUGGAUUCAGAAUGUUUAAUGUUUGGUAUGUUGGAUUUGGAAUUGUUUUUGGUAUGUUGGAUUCGGAAUUGUGUUUGGUAUGAUGCGGAAGUGUUUUAAGUAUGUUGGAAUGUUUUUGAGAUGUUAUAAAUGGUUUCAUUUUAAAUU